UCGCUAACAUAAGUAACAUUCAAAAUUGAGUAAUCAAAUCUGUAAUACUAGUUCGCUAAGUUUGAAAACAAGCCUUUGUUAUUUAGAUAGUUUCCUCAGUUUGACAAAAGAGGGUAGUUCUCAACAAAGCACAUCUAAAGAUCUUCACAGCGAUUUCACUUCUUUUAUUUAAAAAGAAGUAUUUUAUGCAAUAUUUGUCUUUAUUUUUUCUGGUGCAUAUAAUCCUUGUCAUAAGCUUAUUAUCAUUACUAGAGUUAUCUCAAUCAUGUAUGAUGCAUUUUUAAAGAAAAUAUUAAGGAAUUGUUAUGUAUGUCCGUUCAUGAAGCUGAUCUGAACCACUGUGGGGUCUGUCAAGCGCACGAUCGUACAACGAUCCUGCAACCUUUCGUUUCGAAGAAAGUACUUAUCUAACAAUACCAUGGAAGUGGGUAAUCUGGGUCGCUUUGGUGAUCUUUUUGCCUUCAUAGUGCGCAGGGAUCGAGUUUGCUUCCAAAAGGGUUGCAAAAAAAUAGACCUCACUCAGUCCAUGUCCAUGCGAACAGCGGAUGCUGUUUAAUCCGAUGGUAGCGAAUUUUAUCUUACCCGCGAUAGUUGGGGUAUCCCCCGAUAAGGGUGGAUAUCGAGCAUGCCAAGACAUAAAACAAGAGAAGAAAAUAACGCAGAAAAAAGAAUACAAUAAGUUCGCCUUUUUUUUAGGUCACCGAAGACGACCGUUUUGCGAUGGUUGGUAGGCUGCCGAAUGGAAGAAUCGGGUCCUAGGUCCUUUUCUCUUCUUGUCCACCACUUUUCUCACCCCUUUUGUGAGCUAUUUUCCAUAGCACAUAAAUCAUAACAUUAUUCUUUUAUUUUAUUUCUCCUGCUGAAAGCUUCUCGCGCUUUGCUAAAACAAAAACUUUACUCAAUGGCGCCCGACGACAGCUCGAUUUCCAAUGUUCCCUCACCAAUUCCCCCGACACAAAGGGGAACAAAAGUGAGUUCGGUGAACCACACACAGCAAAAAAGCAAAUGAAACGAAAGCUAAACUUAUUAUUCGAAACCGAAACAAUGGUUAUUUAUAGAGUGUGUCGCGAAAUGUCCGCCGGUUCAAUGGUGUAUCCUUGCAGUGACGUUUUUCGGAAAACGGAGCCCAAAAACUGGCCCCUUUUUGGCUAACCAAUGCGCGCGAAAACUAUUGUGUGAAAAGUGUUUUCUUUUAUACUGUAACUUCCCUUUUUCCGAAAACCGUUGACCAAGGAAUAAUGUUGUACGAUGGCAGCUGCAGAAGCUUUUAGGGCGGGUUCUUAACGGAAGAUGGUGGAGGUGCCCUGCAGGGUAGUUUUCUUUUUCUUAACUCUUUCCAACUUUUGUACAUUUGGACUACAGCGAACCAGAAAGGUUGACCAUUGUUUUGUGUUUGAUUUAUGUCACAAAAAGUUUCUCGCUAGUUUCAAAAGCCGAACCUAAAUCUGGAAAACUACUUAUGUAAAGGAAAAGAAAAAAAAAUCAUAGCAUAUCAUAUUCAUUAUUGCUUCUAUUUUUUUCUUCUCCACAUUCCAAUACGAAUUCGGUGAAUAAGUUUUGCUCCGGUUUUUAGAUAAUAAGUUUUUUUCCCUUUAUUUUGGGAUGGCAUAUUUCUUCGAGACACAUAUUUCGCUACGGGGCACUUUAGCUUAUCGGUAAUUUAAAUGGCGACAUGAAAGUGCUAUCUCGUGCUCCCAUUGCAUCUUCUUCACAGCCACCGGGUGUUUGAUUUGGCGAAAAAUGGGGAUGAAAAUGGCUAAAGUCCACUCGCGUCACUCCAUUAAAUAAAGCGAUAAUCCCCUUCCCUUGUGGGAAUCUUUUGUAGGGGGGGACCUUAAAAAUUAGCAACCAGUCGGGUUUGUCGGUUGUCAGCCAAGUAAUUUCACUCUUCUGUCACACACACACACACGAACAAAAGGGCAUUGACAAAUUCAACGACCCUUGUAACUCGAUGAUGGGAUAGUAUCCAUGUUCCCGCGAUCGUCUCCACUUAUCGGUUGACGUUUUGAAGGAUUCGACAAUCUCGCUCUCGACACACAAACCGUUGGGCUUUGUGCCUGUGUAUGUGUGUGUGUGCGUUUUUAUCUCCCUGUGUGUGCAGUGACAAAAGCACCGCAAACAGGGAAACAGUUUGAAGUAAAACCCUCGCAUAAGAAACACUUUAAACACCGAUCCGAGAGCGGUGAUCGAAGAAGAAAGGUGUCUUUUUAAUGCGUUUGUUGUGUUUCUCGCAUUAAUCGGGAUGGAUUUGCCGUUUUUUUUCCGACACACUUCCCAUUCCUCAUCCCAUUAACGCACAAACACGAUACGAUCGCUCGUUUAAUGCUAAACAAAUUCGUAAAGACAAUCGCAACCCUUUUAUGUUGGUUUUUAAGCGAACGGAAAAUAAACAAAAAAAAAAUCGAACAAAAUCGGGUUGCCUCUUUGAAUGUCAAUGUGAGUAUCUGGAGAGAGGAUAUCAACAAGAAUGUAAUCGAAUGUGUGUCAUCUUGGUUGACAUCUCAACUCGAUACCAAGUACAGCAGGGUAUUGGUGAAAAUGCCUUAAAUCUGUCCACAGGUAGCAAGCUUUUUUUGUUUUGCUGCUGUAAAGGGCAAAACCGUUUGCGAUAAGGUACGGUUGAAACGGAAAUGAAAUCACUACCAAAAUAGCUCAACAAUCCAGUUGCUGCCAUUUUGCUCUUACAUGAUGAUAUGGUCGACCUUCGUAUCGUGCACGAUGGGACAGCGCAGAACAAAUUUGAGAACAUUUACUUUGUGUUUGUGAAAUGUCUUCGAAGUUCUGAUACAUUUACAUCGGAAAAGUUAGUGGACAAAUUUUACUCACAGAUGGCGCCAUUGUACAAUAUGUGAAACUUAUAUACAACUCUGUUCUAAUCUCUUUGUUUUAAAUUAAAAAAGUUGAACUAGUUCUAGUAAAAUUUCUCCCAAUCUUGUCCCAAUAUCUUUCCAAAUAUGUUUAACUAAAGAACCUGCAAAUUAUAAUAGCAAUUUCAUUAAUAAAAAGUUUACUUUCACGUUUUUCUCACUCUUCAUAAGCAGUUUAUAGCUCAUUCAUUCUGUAAUGAAGUCUGAUGAAACUUUGGAUUUGUAUUGGCGUAUGAAUUUUCAUCUCAUGUAACUCACUGUACAAUAUCAAUUCUCUCCCGUUUUUAUUUGCGAACUGUCCGCCUUUUAUCCCAACGUGCAAUGGGGCUAUUGAUAAUAUCCUGUUAUUAACUCUUUUUUUUUCUUUUUCUCUCACUCUAUUCUUUUACAGGAUGCUAAGGUGUAUCGUGCCACGAUAAGGCAGCAUAGCAAAGCAGAAUUCCCUAGAACAACUUCAACGGGACGUCCGGGUUUCAACCUUCGCCAAGCAAGAACAAGCAAAGCAUGUAAAAAUAAUCCAACCAACAUGGAAGCGGAACAACGACAACGUCGAGCAUCAUGUGCUGGCCGUGUAUGACACAGCGGCAGUUACAAGGAUCACUGCGGAGACAUGCCAUGCCAGGCCAACCCCCCAAAUGAAGGCCCUCUCUGUGUGCGUGAUUUAUGGUGUAAUUUUAUUGGAGAAGAAGCGCGCGUUCGCGAUCGUCGAUCAAUCUUGUGCAGCGGCACCUAUCUACCCGAUUCCGUUUGCGAAGGGUUCUAGCGAAGCGUGACGUACACAGUCACACAAGCGACUGGCGCUCGUUUAGAGCAGCACUUUACCGAAGCUAAAUUGUCCCGUUUAGUGUGUGUGUACAGAGGGUGGAAUACUGGGGGCCAGUGGAUAGAGGACCACCGCCGGGUAAAGAAGUACCGGAGAAACACAGAUAGAAACGAAUAAUUAAAUAUUCCAUCUUGACGGUGAAUGCGCCCUCUUACUACUCCGCCACGGGGUUCGGCCACGUUCGUGUUACAUUUCGAAAGCAACAACUCACCCUUCUCUAAAACAGCUACGCGGGAACGUUUGUACGUACGAGCGAUCAAGAUCACGAUCGAACGGUCUAUCCCAUUCCCACACACACACACGCUCGAGGGGAGGGUUUUACUCCCAGGGCCAAGCCCAGGUUUCAUUCGAUCCGGCUCGAAUUCUACGGCCUAAUGCGGCGCAACGGCACGACCGAAGAAGAAACCCGUCCCGGAAUGCUGGCUUCGUGAAGGAAAGCUUUUUUCUCCCAUCUCUUUCGCUCUCCUUCUUUUCCCCGUGUAAAGAAACGAGAGAAGAAUGGAGAAGAUAAUUUCCACAACGUAAGGUGAAACACUGACAAAACGUGCGGUUCACGAUUCGAAAGGACCCGGGUUGGAUGGCCCACACAGACAAACACGCGCGAGCGCGCACACACCCCGCUUGGAAGCAUAAAACAUAAACUCCCCCGGCGGUACAAGAAGUUAAAAAGUCGGCAAGAGUGGGAACAGAUCGACGGCAGAUGCUUGAAGCGAUACGUUCAUUAAUGGGCGAAACAACAACACGGUGGAACGAAGCGAAACACUCGACGCAGGUCAAUCUUACAGGGGUCCCGGGUGGAAGGGACAGGGCCGUACUACGCAGCUGAAAGCAAAACGCAUUGGGACGCAGAUCGGGAGAGGACGGUCGCUUAACGUAACACCAAGUCAGCAGGCGCGCAGGAUUCUACAUGAAGUAGUGUGUGAAGCGUGGCGGCAAGAAAUACAGUGUAUCACAACAUCUUAACCCAAAUUAAAACAGACUCAAUGAGCUGGUGAAAGUGUUCGUCCGCAGAGACGUAAAGUUGUGCGGUGUGUGACGGUGUUCGGUGUUUCGUAUGUGUAAGUGUUGAGAAAAAGGCACCACACCCACCAGAAACAGAACAGACAUUGGUGCCUGCAUCUUCAACGCUUCCCUUCCCGAUACCGGCUGUGUGCAUGUGCAUUCGUGCCGGUGCAUCCUAGUGGAUUGCAUUCCUUCCCAACAAAACCGAAGCCGUCCGUCACAGAAUGUCGUGCUGUGAGGGCACUCGGUCGCUGCACAAGCGCUACAAAAUAUCACUAACCGGCUGUGGGAAAGGCAUCGGUACGGUGCCACCGACGGUCCGAGACGUAUCACCACCAGCAUUAGCAUCAUCAUCAUCAUCAUUAUUAGCAUCAUCUACAACGCCGGCAGCAUACGGUGCGCUGGCGAAUGAUAGUAGCCGUGUGUGCGGCAUGGCGAUCGCGGACCUUACCACGCGCCACAGUGAUAGUAGUAGCAGCAGCAGCAGUACCCGCGACAGUGGUUUUAGUAUAAGCACUACCAAAAGUGACCCCCUGUUGAAUAGGAGUAGCGAUAGCAGUAGUAUUAUCAGUCCUGCCCGCACACGCCGAAGGACGACUGCGAUGACGUCGGCGGUGCGCACGGACACGGCCAGAAGGAAGAUAGCAAGGGUGCGAUGGUUAUCCGGACACACCGGUACUGGCAUCGGACGGCUGUUGGUAGUUUUUAUAAGUAGCAUUCUGCUGUUCAUGCACGGACCGCUAAGGGCCGGUGCGGUACUGCUUGACACGAACGGUGGCGUCGGUGGACCAGGGGACGGCAAAGCACCGGUACAAGCGUUCGGCGAUGAGCUGGGCGGCGUUAACCUGGAACGGAGCAUAGCGGCCGUAUUUAGCCGCGUAGCUUACGGGUCCACCACCACAACGAAGCGUAGCAUACCGGACAACGUGUACGUGCCGAGUUUGACGACCGUCUCCACACCGCUGCUAACCACGUUUAGGUAUGAUAACAAGAAUAAGGACGCACUGGGUGGUUCGAGUCCUGGCGGAGGUCUCGGCGAUAAGGACUCGCACUACAACCAGCAGCAAAUCAGCGCUAACCAUCGGAACUACGAGCUGGAUCUUGAGCGGGAUCAUGUGCUGCCAACGUCGGCUCCGAAUGCGGAGAUUCUCAAGAGCAACAGUAAUCCGACCUACCCGAACCCGAACCGGCACCACAACCAUGACCGUCAUCGGCACUCGAACUCAACACCAUACCCGCAUGGUCACAACGCGAAAAAGGGCUUUCCGACUAAUUCGAUGUUCUCCGGAGACAUACCGGCGUACUCGCCGCCCUCGCGUACAUUCUUUACGCCUCCACUGCCCCGCAACUACACGAAUCCGUUCGCGGACAAACCGACGCUCCGAGGUACGAACAGUGACAGUACGAUCAUCAAUACGGGCACCUACGCAAACAGACGGCCGCUUCCACCGCCAAGCCUGAUGCCUGGUCACGAACGAAUCCCAAUGCGCCCACCGGAUCUAGUUCCAGGUGCACCCGGUACCGGUGUUCUCGGUGGUGGAGUAUCGCCCAACGGUGGCAGCCCACCAAAGGUGGCGGGAAAUCCGGAUCUCGGUGGUAGUAUCAUGCCACCCGGUUCAUCCGGUCCCACUUCAUCGCAAUCGAUGGAAGCGCAACGGAAGAAGGCACUCAACACGCCUUCGGAGAAAUCAAACAAGCUGGAUGCGGCCAAGGGUUACGACGGUAACAAUAAACUGUUCCUGUUGGAUGAGAACGCUAACUCCAGUGCCAUACUACCGAACGGUAUGCACUUCCCGUCGAUCUCACGCAUCCUCUCUGGCUCGAACGGUCGCCCUCAGAUGAUACCGGAUGUACUACUGCGCUCAGUAACUUCCGCUCCACGUCCUAACCAACCGGCAUACGAUGUUGGAGGUGGACCAGGUGGUACGACUUCACUCAGCAAUGCUAAGAGCCCUGGUGGUCCGGCGUUCGGAAAUAGACCAGUUGGAUUGGACGGUGAUCGCGAUCGCGAUGGUUUAACCAACGGCGGUGACGGAGGUGCUGGUUCGGAAGGUGUCGGAGGUGAUGGAGACGGAAGGCGACAUUUUGACGAUGAUGAUGGCGAAAAUGAUGAGGAUGAUGAGGACGAUGAGGAUGAUCCGUUUGAAGAGGGUGCAGCACGGCAGCAACCGGGCAGUACAUCGAAUGUAGCGACAUCCACUGUUUCGUCGAUGCACGUACAAUCCUCCUCGUCAUCGCCGAUCACUCAACGCAUGCCGAAUCUAAACCUCAAAUCGGUCAUGAUCAAGAAUGCAACCGGUGAGGAAGCUGGUGGUACGGGUGGAGGUUAUGGGAAUGAUCGUAACUUCCAGGGUGAUAUAGCGGACAUUAGCACGUGGACGAUAGCGUGGAACAUUCACGUUUAUCUGUCGGCGAUUCUGUUCACCAUACUGGCGGUGUACUCAAUCUUUAAAAUCAUCUUCUACGACAAACUGACGCACCUGUUCUCGCAAGCGUACUUCAUCAGUAUCCAUCUGAUUCUGAUCAUUAUCUGUCUGCUGCGCAUAUUCUACCUCUGCUACGACGCGUACAACAUGCACUUCAGCUUCAAUCUAUUCGUGUCCGAGUUGCUGUUGAAUCUGCCGCUCACCUUUCUCACGACGACGUUUGCGAUCUUGAUACUGUUUUUGUUGCUACGCUCGAUCAACCACAAGACUAACCGGUACAGCUCCAUCUUGCGCCCGCUUACCAUCAUCAUCGGUUCGGUGGUUCACGUUACACUCUGCAUCACCCUACACCUGGUGGAGUCUUACGAAACGAAACAGUUCUAUCACAAGCAACAUCAGCUGCAGCUUCAAAACAAGCAGCUGCUAGGUGGAGGAAUGGGUGGAGGCCGAGGUGGUCAUGCACCGCCCACCAAUAUCCAGAUUCCACCACGCGUCCUUUCGCUCAUCUGCCAGAUAAUCUAUAUCUUCAUCUGUCUCAGUCUCGGCAUCCUGUACCUAUACAUGUACCGGCUGCUGAAACGCAUCCUUCACAAGAGCCAGAACUACAUCCACGGAUAUAAUAAUCUUUCGUACGCAAUUCACAUCACGAUUGCAACUGCGCUACUGUUCAUAUUGCUUGCCGCACUGCAAAUCUACGGUGCCAUUAGUAUUAGCUCGCAGACACGCGUGAAACUGUCACCGAGCAGUGGACUGCCCGGUGAUGGGCCCGGUGGACGACCGGGCGGUGGUGGAACGCUGUGGGCAUCCCAUAUCGAGAUCGAUUGGUUCCAGUGGGGUUAUCAGUUUAGCAUACGCUUCAUCGAGAUCGUGAUCGUCGCACUGCUGUCAUGGGUGACCGGACUAAAGACGGGCACGUCGAAGGUGAUCCAGCGCGAAAAGGAUAUGGAGCAACCGAACGCGAGUGGCUUUGCACUGUUCCCCUGCACGUCCUCCUCCAGCCAGGAGAACUUCGAAACAGACUAUCCGGCAGUGUGCAAUACGAACCGUAACCUGCAUACGUACACGAUGCGUACCGGCAAACCAAUCUACGACGACAACUUUGCACUGAAUUCACUCAAUCUGGAGCAAAACAAUCAGCAAGAUCUGCAGCUCGGUCCGCCGGGUGUUGGUGGUGGCAAUGAGUUCCAGCGAUCGCUCGAAACGAACAGCAUGCGAUCGUCUUCGCACAACUACAGCAACAAUUACAACGGCAGUAACAGUAACAACGAACACGGCCCAGAUGUGGCGGAUGACUUUCUCAACGAAACGGAACCGAUGCCGGAUCACUACGAAAAUCCCAACUUUGAGCUGAAGCAACAUCACCAUCACCAGCACAGUGGUAGCGGUGGUGCAUCAUCCAACCAAUAUCACGACAUCAUGGAUAACUGCUACUCGGAACCGAUCGGUGCUCCACAGUACGAUACGAAGUCGUUGCGCGGCGCACAACCUGGUGGACAUCCGAUGGCACCACCGCAUCGGAACUACGAUUUCCAAAACUUCGAACGGCCGAACUUUGAUCCGCAGCAUAUGCCGACGCUCCCGCAACCGUCCGCACUGAGUGCGGCACAGUCAAUGGCACGCGGUGAGUUCCGUGCAUCGAAAAACCUGAAAACGCUCAAGAGUGGCCAGCUGCAGAACGAUCUUGGUGGUGGUGGAGCUAACACGAUGGGACACCAUCAUUACAACCAUCACGGUAACAUGCCCCCCGGACCGGGCGAUUCGUUCGAUCGGCGAAUCGGUGUACGAAAGAGUGGCACGCUCAACAACAUCGGUGCAAUGCAUUUUAACCAGCAACACGGUAGCGGACGGAACAACAACUCCAAUUCGUCUGCGUCCUCUUCGUCGGCUUCCUCGAAUAACCGGGUGGUACAGCAGCAGCAGCAGCAACAGCGUCGUGGCCCAAUGUCUGGAGCGCAAACUCUCAGCUCUGCCCAUCAUCAUCCGCAGCAGCAACCAACGCAACCACCACCACAUCAUCAUCCCGCUGGCCAUGGUUUCCCCCAUCCCGGUAGCUUCAACGAUCGAUUGCUAAACGGUGCCGGUGCCGAUUCGCUGGAAAGGAUCGCGCACGGACAGGAUGGCAACUACGAUGAUAAUGGUGGCAACGGUUACUAUCACAGCAAAAAACGCUCGCGAGAAUCGUCCAGCUCGAGCUAUACCGGCGGAGGUCCCGUACCGUACGCUACCAGCAAUGAUCACCAUCCCGUGCAUCCUGCCCAUCCACACCACCAUCCCCAUCAGACGACCGAAUCGUCCUCGUCGCCAACGGCCAGCAUCGGUAACGGUAGUGGUAAUGGAACGCCAACCGGUGCACCACCGAACGGUACGGUGACCGGUGUGUUGCCGGGUAAGAUGGAACGGGCCCAGGACAAUGGCAGUAUGCUCGUUGCCGAACAAGGGUUCGUGCGAUUUCGUGCGCUAGAGGAACCAACGUUAGGUUCGCGGACAAAUCUGCGCGACAAGGGUGGCAAGAUGUUUAUCAACUCGUAAGGCGUCGCCAACCGACGCGCGUAGGUGCAUCGUCGUAAAAAGAUUUCCCAAACGGCCCCCCCUGCAGUGGAAGAGUUUCCGUUGCGUGGUUGCGUUCGGUGUGUGUAAUUGAGCAUGAGUGAGGGAAUGUGCGAAUGGUUGUAUGGUGUGCGGAGUACCGAAGGACAAAGAUAGCAAGCGCAUUGUACGUAAAGUGUCCCUCUUUCCGAUAGGAUUCUGGACGGGAUCCUUCUUCAUGUUUACUGUGACAAGUGGAAUGACUUGUUAAAAAGGAGGUGAAAAAUUCCGUGCUGUGCAUGUAAAUAGUUUAGUCGACAAGAACAAAACAAACCCAAGGAGAAGAAAGUUGCUGAACAUAAGACCGAGAAUGGACUGAUGACUCUUGAUGGUCGAGAGUAGACGUGGAAACCACUUUCGGAUGAACGUGUUUUCUAUUGCUUUUUACUUUUUCUGUGUCUUCUGGACAUAUUUUUUUUCUUUGGGUACGCUCUGUUGUGUUACUCUUGUUAAAGGAUAUGGCGAAUUGAGCGGCACCGCUAAUUUUCCAGCCCUGUUUAGACGUUCAGUAACGUUACGGACGUGCUGGGAAUUUAAAUUAACUUAAUCGGUUUAGCCUUCAAUUAGAGACUCUUUUAACGCUGGAAAGAAACAAUGAAGUCUCGAAAACUGGCCAAACAAACAAUGAGCAGAGUGAAGUUUUUUAUUGUUCAAUCGCAAAUUAUUCACCUCACUGUCACACUGUCCAUGGAUGUGCAAGAUGUGUUACUAGGCGUAGCGUCUAGUUACGUUAUACAGCGUUACCGUAACGGUUGUGCCUACAUUUGGACACUAUUGUCACACGGACGCGAAUUUCCUUUAGGAGCUUAUUAAUAGCUUCAUAAAAGGAAAGCAGGAAAAGUGUCAUAAACAUAAGAGGACAACUAUCCUUUCUCCAAGAUACACACACACACAAACUUACAUACAUUUACAGAAAAAGGGUUCUUUAGGGAAAAAAGCUAAGAGCAACUAUGAAACACGUAAACUAAUUGUGAUGAUUUAAUCCGUCGUGUACGAACUCGUAAAGCAUGUGUUAGGCUGUAAAAACCCCUGCCGAUUGUUUUCCCUUACCUAUUUUCCUCUAUUUGUUCAACAAAACUACCAGCAUGUGUAGUAGUAUGUGUUGUUUGUACAGCAGAACCAGAAAACAAUAGAAAUAUAUAAAUACAGUUUGUGUCACGCUUUCUUGCCAUAAGUAACGAGGGAAUGAAGAAGGGAAGAUAGAUUAAUUUAACAAAAAGAAGGAUGUCCACAUGCGCGCCAAUCCUUCCUCACCUGCUAAGAAACCAUCUGCCACUACCAUCACCACCACCACCACUAACCACCACGUGACGUGUCUCUGUGUGCCGUACACCCUCCCCGCAUAUGUCCGUAUGUGAUCGUGAUCGUGAAUGUUUGCGGACAAAAUCAUGAAACGCUAGUCUGUUUUAUAUAAAUGUAAACUGUACAUGGACCUGUAUCUAUACUAUAUAUAUAAAUGUAUAUGUGAAUAUCGUUUUAUUUUUAAACUAUUAUUAUUAUUAAUAAUAUAAUUCGGAUGCAUAAGGCGUAGCGAUAAGGAGUGGUUUAUGUUUUUCUUUCUUUUCUUAUUCUUUAAUACAAAACACACACGCUAAGCUAAGUGAUCGUGGUACGCGAAUUUCUAAAUACGUUUGUUUAAGUUUAUCCAUAAUGGCAAAUUAGUACCACAAAAAAGAAGAAGGAUGAGAUAACAAACAUAAACAACACACGGCGCACAAGGAACGGUGAAAGAGUGCAUUUAGCAGCUUAUUUGCCCUUUGUUUUUAUUUAGUACGACUUAUUGGUACAACCCUUUUAGGUUGUUAAUUGCGUACGGUUUUGUUGUGGAUUUUAUGAUACUGUCCUUGUGUGUACUAACAGUUAAACGUCCCGACGGAGCGUGUGAUAGCCCGAUGAUAGUGCACACAGUGUAAAUGUGUGAAGUCAUGCCACUAAAGAGCUACUUAAUAAAAAAAAAGGAGGAAAAGAAAAAAACUCGGUAACCCCCGUUUAGCUAAGCCAGAAAGAGACAAGGAACGUAACGUACUCGUGACGUUUAGUUGUUUAACUUGAGCGCUUGAAAAACGCCCACAGACAGAUUUUGGGUGCGGUUCGAACUGAGUAGAACGUAUGUAAAAAGUAUAUUGACACUAGGCAAACAAAAACGACUCUUUUCGAAAAACGAACGAGAACGGUUUACUGGAAAUGUGAAAAAGAUCAUUUUGUGUUUCUUUCCCAUGAGAUUUUUGUCCCUUCUGUGCUUUUCUCCCACGUCAAAGCCUGUGCACGUUAUAGACGUCAAACUAGUUGAACCACAAGUGAUUGUAACGUUUAGAACUGCAAACUGCAAACAGUCCGAACAUAAGAAAAAAAAAUUAUCUCCCAUCAACGGAAGAUGGUAGACGAAAGGAAAGUAAACAAGAAACAGGAAAAUAAAAGUUAAAAAUCUGAAUAAGAAACCAGCAUACAAAACACCCACAAUUUCUGCUAGCAGUUAGAAGAGUGAUAAAGCCCAUCCCCCAUGAUAGUAAAGGUGAAAGGCUGCUGAAUUUUAAUAUGCAGUAUGCAGAUGUAGCAGCUAACAUUACUACCAAAACACAAACAUUACCGAACAACAGAUAGAAACAUAGAAAGGGAUAAUGAUCGCUGUAAGAAUGAAGAAAGGGCAGAUGACGAAUUGAGAGGCGCUAAACAUUUUGCAGUCAAAAUAAAUAAAAAGAGAAACACAACAAGAAAUCCGGAAGGAAAUAGAAACAGAAGAAACAUAUAUAUAAAAAAGGAUAUGAAUAUAAUUAUAACUGAUUAGUACGAGCGUUGAAUAAAACAAAGUGUAAGAGAUAAAGAGAGAACGAGUGUGUCCUGUGUGUGGGGCGCGCUAGUGUGAAUGUAAGCGAAAUUUAGCGAAAUGAGAUCGCCAGUAAAGUAAAAUACACAAAUAAUAUAUAACAAACAGAAACAGAAAGCACACCCACACACAGCCACACGCAGCAAAAUAAAGAGAUGAGAAAUGUUUAAAGCGACAAAAGAAAAGAAAGGAACAGAAACGAAAAGUGAAAAAAAAUACAUUAAAACAAAACAAACAAACAAACAAAUAAAAACGGUGGCAAGGUUCGCGGUGUGCGCGGCUUGUGUAUGAGUAAUGAAAAAAAUAUGAAUAUUUAAAGUAAUUAAAUUCAGUAAAUUAAGAAAUUACGUAAAAAUAAAGAUGCAAAAUUCGACAAAAACUGAA